AAUAUCGUGCACAGAUGCAACCGGCAAUGGAGAUCUGCAAUAUGAAGCGCGACCCCGUCAGCCAAUUUCGAACCCCGGCGGGCAUCGAGUCCAUACACCAGAUCUGCGAUCGGGUUUAUCCGGACCAGCCGAAUCCUCUCACCGUCACGGCCGUCGUCAAGUACUGGCUGGGUGGUCCGGAUCCAUUGGACUACGUGAGCAUGUUCGAAAAUCCCGGCUGUCCGGAGCUCGGAGUUCCACCGCAUUGGCAUUAUGUCAGCCUAGGACUGACAGAUCUUCACGGCGACAAUCGAGUGCACAAACGAUCGAAUCCGCCGCGGGCGAGCGGCUUCGGUUUCGAGCUCACGUUCCGACUGCUGCGCGAGCCUGGUCAGCACACGCCGCCACCGUGGCCGGCCCAAAUGAUGCAGGAGCUCAGCAAAUACAUCUUUUCGUCGGGCAACAUACUCUAUCCGGGCGAUCACGUGGCUCAGCACUCGCCGUUGGACUCUACCGCGGGAAUACACGCCGGACCCGGCAAAAUCAACGAAAUAUUGGUGGCCGAAGACCCACAGCUUCGUACUUUUAAUUCGCCACACGGAACGGUAUCAUUUUUACAAAUUGUGGGCAUAACAGCGCAAGAACUUCAAGCGGCUCAGCAUUGGAACGGACUCGGUGUAUUGGAGCUCUUGAAAAGUAGUCAAAUCUGUGGUCCCUGGCUCAUAACUAACCCACGACGAGUAAAAUCCAUAAUGGAAGAGGAUUCAACGGUGGCAGAAAAAAUCCGCAUGGGUAUAGAGCGCGAGGGUUCGGAUCUUUGCGCGGUCACCGCCAAAUGUUGGUGGGAACGAAUGCACAAAGACGUUGACAAAGAAAAAUAUAGGGACACGUUAAAACAAGACUCGGAUGACGAGGACGAAUCGAAUUUAAGAUCGGUAUCGCAGAUGUCCGCCGAGGAUCCAGAGCUGCAAUCAGAAUCCGAAAAUGUACCGAUCGUUAAAUUAGAUGGAGUUCAUUUGACGUUCAAUCGCGAGGCUGGAUCGAUACUUCCGUUGGCGAUAAAAGGAAGAAUCAUGCACGGGCGACACUUUACUUUCAAAUCAUUCAUAACGAAUGCAGCAAUCACAUUUGUUGCAUCGACGGUUAGCGGUGCGAUAGCAACGACAGAAAAUCCAUACGUCUUCCAGUCUCCUUGGCUACAGAUUCUUCUUUCCGACGAAUUAGCAGAGACAAUGGCCCAGGAACUACAAAUUCUUGAUGGCUCACAACAACUACAAUUACCAAAAACAUUCUCUUGGCCCGAGCGCAGAUUGAAAAUUACAAUAGUCGAGUAAAAGAAACUGACGCUUCAUUCUUAUGAAAAAAAGAAACUUUGUUCAAGUGAUUGAAUAAUCGACUGGAGGUCGUUUAUUUAAAUAAUCAUCUCUUCAUCGGUUCAUAAACUUUUUUUAUGAAUUUCCAUAAAAUCAAUUGCAAAUUUUUUUUAAGCUGAGUCAAAUCAAAGUAUUACGCAGUGGCCUUAUCGCGAAUGUAUUCGGCCUUAAGAAUAAUUUUUAUAAAUUUACUUAUAAUUGCAAGUUUAAUUAGAAUAUUUUACUCGUGCAUUAUAACAUUCAUAAUCAUGGAAAUGUUAGCUGUUGGGAAUCAUAACAUGCACAGAAUGUACGGGCAAUUGAUCCAUCAGUGCUAUCUUUACACUUAUUUCGUAUUUACUAGAGACACGAUAAUUUAGCCCCCAAUGAGCAUAGAUGACUAUUUUUUAUCGACUACGAUUUUCAUGUUUACACGAAAUGUACUUCGAUGUACCCAUGUUUCGACGUAUUCAUACUUGUACUCCUAACGUCGAGAGAAGAAAACUAAAAUAAAAUAACCAUAUUUUAAGCACGUGUAAGAAAAUGAUAGACAAUAUAUUGUAUAUAGAAUAAUUAGAUCUUUAAAUAGAUAUUCUAAAGUUAUUUUAUACCAUACAAGUGUGUAUAUAAUUAUUAUUAUUAUAA